GCGCCCGAGUGGUGGCGAUCCGAGUUUCUGGGUGGGAGGGCCGCGGGAACAUCACAGCAAACAAUUAAGCUGAUGAGAUAACGAGGUGGAGUCGCCCAACAGGAGCGAGCCGGCCUCAUGAAUACGUCGCGACACUCGCUAACAAAAACACGGUAUAAAUACGGGGUGAAACCGACUGUUUCAAUUACUUCUCCCACACUCUCCAGCGACGAAUUCACGACAACCAUGACUGCCUGCAAGCUUCCCUUCGCUCUCUCCGUGGAGAACUUGAUCGGCGGCAGCCGAAAUGACCUUGUCCCCGACAUCAGGGCUUCCAGUCCCGAAUGUCUUCCACCGAAGAAGCGUCACCUCCUGAUCAGCGCAACGCCGAACACCCCCGCGCGCCUGGACACGAACAGCCGGGCCGCAGCUCAAGUCGCGCCGCACGCCGAGAACCUGACUCUGCGGAGUGACGGGGAAAUGUCCGAUGACGAGGAGAUCGACGUCGUGUCCGUCGGCGAAGCAGCCUCACCUGCUUCGAGCACGAGUUCAGACCGCUCCAGCCCGGCACCGUCUUCCUGCGGCGACAGCCCGUCGCCCUCCCCGGUAGGCCGCAAGGCACGCACGGCCUUCACCACAGAACAAGUCAUGGCUCUGGAGGAGCGUUUCCGCCUGCAGAAGUACCUGUCCGCCGCUGACCGGGAAACUCUGGCCAAGGGCACGGGACUGACCGACGAGCAGGUGAAGACGUGGUUCCAGAACCGCCGCAUGAAGCUGAAGCGCCAGCAGCAAGACUUCGCCACCUUCCCGCUGCACGCCGCCGUCACCGUGCCCGGGAUGUCCGGCUACUCCCCACAGCCCAACCCCUGGUACGACUCCGCGCACUUCGUCCCGUCCCUCGGCACCGCCGUCUGUGGUCUGCGGCCUCACAUGCUGCCCCAGCCCGCCAACACCGUGAGCACCAGCCGUGGAACCAGGUACUCACCGUACCCGUCUGCCCGCGUGUCGCCGUCCGGCCACAGUCACCACCAGAUGUCCAACAUGUACCUGUCUCCGUACCAGAACAACGUGGCAGCGGCGCACUACCACAACGUACCCGCCAUGAACUUGUAAAACGUGAGGAUUUGAACAUGUCCCACCGUAUUGCCGCGCAAUACAUGACAUGAACUUGAAACACUAGAUCAAAAGUUCGCUACAGUUCUUUUGGUUGAAACCAUUCACUCAGGGAUUAACUCAUGUACAUAUGUAAGAGAAAAUUUAUUUAUCGACGUAAAAGGAUUACUGUAUACGCCAAAC